CAACUUCCCACAGAGAUGGCUCAGUGCACGUCUCUAGCCCUCUGUUUCUCUAUCAUGCUAUUCACUUGUGCUUGAUUUUAAUGAAUGCUAUGCUUUGAAAUUCAUCUUCUUGGAAGAAUAUGGCUUCUGAUCAACCAAAUUUUCCAUUAGCUUUAGAUGCUUUGUAUUGUGAGGAGGAACAUUGGGAUAAUGGAGGAGUUGAAAACAGAGAAGAAGAGAGCAGAUUUCUUUCUGAUUUCGUAAAUUGCCAACGUCCAGUGGUGUUAUUGGAGCAGGAUUUGUUUUGGGAAGAUGAAGAGUUGAGUACUUUGUUGUCGAAAGAGCAGGAAAAUGAACUGUACAAUGGGAUUCAAGAGAACCCAUCUUUGGCUAAGGCCAGAGGUGAGGCAGUAGAGUGGAUGCUCAAGGUUAUUGAAUAUUACUCUUUUUCAGCCCUCACUGCGGUUCUUGCAGUUAACUAUUUGGAUAGGUUCCUCUGUGGCUUUCAUUCUCACAAUGAGAAGCCAUGGAUGACUCAACUAGCAGCUGUGGCUUGUCUUUCUUUGGCUGCAAAAGUUGAGGAAACUCAAGUGCCUCUUCUUUUAGACUUCCAAGUGGAAGAGUCUAAAUAUGUGUUUGAGGCGAAAACAAUUCAAAGAAUGGAGAUUUUAGUCCUGUCCAUACUUCAGUGGAAGAUGAAUCCAGUGACCCCACUUUCAUUUCUCGAUUACAUUGCAAGGAGGCUGGGAUUGAAGAGCAAUUUGUGCUUUGAAUUUCUCAGGAGAUGCGAGUGCUUGCUUCUGUCAAUCAUUGCUGAUUAUAGAUUCAUGUGUUAUAAAUACUGUAUUCUUCUUUCUUUAGUUAAUAAAACCAUGCGCGUGUUAAUAUACACGAUUAUCAGCAUAUUACACAAUAAAACGCUAGAAGAAGCCAUCUCGUAUAAGAUGGACCAUAGCUGGUUGAUCCAGCUUAUUUCAACUAAUUAA